CAAUUUUAAAAAUUACUGUACUUAUUAUUGUUGUUGCUUACAGCUGUUACUGUGAUCGGCUGAUUAAAAGCACGUGGAGUAAACAAUUUUUUCUUAAACUUUAGAAUUAUAAUUAAUUAUUCUACAGAUCAUACAAUUUAUACAUAAAAGUUCAGGAUAUUAACAAUGAAAAUUAAUAAAAAAAAUCCCGUUAAAAAUAAAAAACCGAUUUCUAAAAAUCAGAAGAAAAAAUCUGUCGUGAAAUCCGAUUUAAAUAAUAGCAGUUCAAAGAAAAGUUCAAAAAAUAGUGCCAGUGAUAAAAAAAAAAGAAAUAAAAUUAAUUUAGAACACUUAAAAAAUAACAAAGUCGCAAGUACUAAAACUACAUUACAUCAAAUAAAAAAAAAUGAUAAUAGUAACAAAUAUGAAACUCAUAGUAAAAUAAACACAGAAAAAAUACAGCAAUUACUCAAGUUGAAAAAGAAAGAUAAUUUAAAUAUUCCAAGUUCAUCUGAGCAGUUGCGAGAGCGAAUAGUUUCACAGUUAAGGGCCUCGAGGUUUAGAUAUUUGAAUGAUACUCUGUAUAAUAAUGAAAGCUCAGAAUCACGUAAGAUGUUCAAAGAAGAUCCAAAUGCUUUCAAAGCGUAUCAUGAAGGCUAUCAGUAUCAAUUAGAACAGUGGUCAUUGAAUCCACUCAACACUAUAAUCGCAGCUAUUAAAAAAAUGCCGAAAGAUUAUGUCAUUGCAGACUUUGGUUGUGGAGAAGGAAGACUAGCUGAUUCUGUCAAACAAAAAGUACACUCUUUAGAUCUGGUUGCGAUUAACGAUAAAAUAACAGCUUGUGAUAUGGCUCAUACUCCACUUCUUACCAAUGGUAUCAAUGUUGUAGUUUUUUGUCUUUCCCUCAUGGGUACCAAUCUACACGAUUAUAUUUUAGAAGCUAAUCGAGUAUUAAAAAUCGAUGGUGUUCUCAAAAUAGCUGAAAUUUCCAGUAGAUUUGAUGACGUAAAUGAGUUUAUAAAUGCACUAGCAUUCUAUGGAUUUAAAUAUACAUGGAAAGAUCUUUCUCAUAAAUAUUUUUAUUUUAUGGAUUUUAAGAAAGUUAAAAAUGUUGAUAUCAAAUGUAAAAAUUUACCGCAGUUAUCUUUGAAACCUUGUUUGUAUAAAAAAAGAUAAAUAUACUCCGUUUUAAAUGUAUGAAUAAACUGUACUUU